GUGGAGUUGUACUUUCCAUCCUCACCUCACCACACCAGAGACCAUUCCACGAGCACAACUGAUAAGAAUAUCGGAAUCUUAACUGACACAAGCGGCGUCACCGAUCAAAUGGCCACCGUAAUCGACGGCAAAGCCGUCGCCAACACCAUCCGAUCUGAAAUCGCCGACGAGGUCCGCCUCCUCUCCCAGAAAUACGGCAAGGUUCCAGGGCUUGCAGUGGUGAUAGUAGGAAACAGAAAGGACUCUCAGAGCUACGUGGGAAUGAAGAGAAAGGCUUGUGCUGAAUUGGGAAUCAAAUCCUUCGAUAUCGACCUUCCUGAACAAGCAUCUGAAGCUGAAGUCAUCAAGCAGGUCCACGAAUUGAAUGCUAACCCUGAUGUUCAUGGUAUAUUGGUUCAACUUCCAUUGCCUAAGCACAUAAAUGAAGAUAAAGUUCUCACUGAAAUCAGCCUUGAGAAGGAUGUAGAUGGCUUUCAUCCUUUGAACAUUGGCAAGCUUGCAAUGAAAGGCAGAGAUCCCCUGUUCCUUCCCUGUACACCCAAGGCAUGUAUUGAACUAUUAUCACGAAGUGGUGUAAGUAUAAAGGGAAAGAAGGCAGUUGUAGUUGGUAGAAGCAACAUAGUUGGAUUACCAGCUUCAUUGCUGCUUUUGAAAGAAGAUGCUACAGUUACCAUUGUCCAUUCACACACAAGUCAACCAGAAAGUAUCAUACGCGAAGCAGAUAUUGUUAUUGCAGCAGCAGGACAGCCAAUGAUGAUCAAGGGAAGCUGGAUCAAACCUGGAGCUGCAGUCAUAGAUGUUGGCACAAAUGCUGUUGAUGACCCAACUAAGAAGUCAGGUUAUAGGCUUGUUGGAGAUGUAGAUUUUGAAGAAGCAUCUAAAGUUGCUGGGUAUAUUACUCCUGUUCCUGGGGGUGUAGGUCCAAUGACAGUCACAAUGUUGCUGAAAAAUACUUUGGAGGGUGCCAAGCGCUGCAUUGAGCAGAAUAGCUGAUAUUCCUAUAAAUUUUUUUCUUUAAACUUUAAAGUAUAUACUAUUAAGUGGAAGUUCUUUGAGAAUUUGUUAUAUCCUCAGUUCAGUUUCUGAUAAGGUAUAUGAAUGCAUUUUAUAGUAAUGCAAUGAUAGAUGUUGAAACUAGAUAAGUUGAUUUUAUGUGCAUUUGGAUUUUUGUUGAACACAACGUGGAUAUACGUUGAACUCAACAUGACAAUCUUGCUUCUUUUCGAUCCACGAUGAACUUAUUGUGGCAAGUUAUAGUUUCUCCGUUGAUGUCUUUGA